AAGAAUAUUUCACCAACGCAAUGGUCCUUUUCUUGUUCAUCAUAGUAGCAGUUUCGUUUACAGGUAAACUAAGCGGCGAACUAAGCCAAGGGAGCUAGUAUAUAGCUUAUAAGUCACACACACGUGCACACAGGUUUUGUUAUAUACUUAUUCCAUCCACCAGCGACCUUCCUCCUGCAGUUAAUGCAUCACCACUGAAGGUGCUCCAGACCCAGCCACCAGGAGGUACCAAUAUGCGAAUUCCAAGCACUGGAUGUGUUGUACUGGAGUGUCUGGUGGAGGGAGGCCGUGCUGGCUGGGAUAUUGGGAAAGGACAAGCCUUUCAAGCUGGAGUACACCAAAAUAUUUCACUUGAAGAUGGAAUAUAUACGCUCCAUUAUGUACAAUUUGUAAACAUUACGGCUAAUUACAGUGGGGAUUACUCCGAACUAUCCAUCUGCGGGACUGGGGUAAUGAACAAGACUGUCAUUUCAGUGGCAUGUUUUGCCUACCAUUUCAAUGAUUUUUUACUGAAGAGAGUGCCAAAACCCCCAUCCUCCUCAUCAUCAAACCACAUCACAGUGGAAGUGCAUGAUGUCAUGGACCCGAAGACUGUGAAGAUUAAGUUCUUCAAAAACUCAACUUCUGUUCACCUGGAAUGCAAGGAUAUAGAUAGCAACUGCUUAUUUCUCUUCGAUGGAAAAAUACCCUUCGUUCUCCAAAAUAACACUGAAGAAUGUGUGGAUGUCAGUGAUAAUAACAGGCUGGGAUGGAUAUCUGUCUACCAAAUAGACAGAGGAAAAGUGGGACAUGCUCUUGAUUGGCAUCAACAUGUGAUGAAUGAAGAUCAACUUCAACUACUCUGUCCUAGCGGCACCAACACCAGUGACCCUACUGCUAUAGACAAUUCAACUGCUACUACCUCGUCUGCAGCAGGACCAUUAAUUGCUGCUCUUGCUGCCCUGGUGUCUCUAGCUGUAGUGAACUAAACUCUCACUCACAAACUCAGAGGUGGAUCCAGCUAAACAGAAUACCCAGGGAUUUUCCAGCUAAAGGGAAUACCCAGGGAUUUUCCCUACAUACCUAACAUACUUGUGAAUAUUGAAUGCUGUGUAAUGCUUGGUGUCUACUGGAAUAAUUUAUAUCCGCUGUUG